AUGGAAGAAAGUAGUGAUGCAGAAAUCAAGGAAAAAGUCUCCAAAAAACGGGGGCGAGGAGAGAGCGAGACGGCGCAGCGGAUGGCCAAGUUCAAGCGCGGCGCUGCUGUGGCAACGCGCGCCAUCGCCGACAAGAAGCUGAAGGGGCAGCUGCGCCACAGCGAGAAGCUGGCGGCAGAGGCGGCGUACAAGGCUGCCAAGGCGGAGCAGUGGCUGCUGCCUGAAGAGGCCGGCACCCUGGAGGCUGAGGGCCUCGAGCGCACCUGGCGCUUCUCACAAGAGGAGAUAGUGAGGGAGGCGGAGACUGGCGCUGCGCAGAAGGUGUUUGAUCUGGACCUGCCGGAGCUGGGCCCUUACAAUUUGGGGUUCACGCGCAGCGGGCGCCACAUGCUGCUGGGGGGCCGCAAGGGCCACCUGGCCAUCAUGGAGUGGCAGCAGCGGCAUCUUGUUUGCGAAGUGCAGGUCAGAGAAACGGUGAGGGACGCCACAUUCCUGCACAAUGAGCAGUUCUUCGCGGCGGCCCAGAAGAAGUACGUGUACAUCUAUGACAAGAGGGGCCUGGAGGUGCACUGCCUCAAGGAGCACACAGGAGUGAGGCGGCUGGAGUUCCUUCCGUACCAUUUCCUUCUAGCGUCCAUAGGAGAGGGAGGCGUCCUCAGAUAUCAGGACACCAGCACCGGGCAGAUAAUUGCGCAGCACAGGACAAAGAUGGGCACAUGUGACGCUAUGCGGCAGAACCCGUGGAACGGUGUCAUGCAGCUGGGCCACGCCAAUGGGGUCGUGUCCAUGUGGACGCCCAACGUGACCACCGCAGUUGUCAAAAUGCUGUGCCAUCGGGGGCCGGUGCGUGCGAUUGCGACGGACACGCAGGGGCAGCACAUGGUGACGGCGGGCGCGGACGGGCAGGUGAAGGUGUGGGACGUGCGCAAGCUGCAGCCGAUGCACUCCUACUUCAGCCGCGCGCCAGCCGACACCCUCGACAUCAGCCAGCGCGGCAUGCUCGCCGUCGGCUUCGGCCGCAACGUGCAGGUGUGGAAGGAUGCGCUUGCGCAGAAGCAGGAGUCGCCCUACAUGCGCCACACGCUGCCAAGCGGCGUGCUGCGCGACUUCCAGUUCUGUCCCUACGAGGAUGUGUUGGCGGUGGGCCACAGCGGGGGCGUGUCGACGAUGCUGGUGCCGGGCGCGGGUGAGCCGCACUACGACUCGCGCGUGGCCGACCCCUUCCAGGGCCGCAAGGCGCGCCGCGAGCAGGAGGUCGCGCACCUCAUGGACAAGCUGCAGCCCGACAUGAUCGUGCUCGACCCCUCCACCAUCGCGCAGGCGCGCUCAGUGCGGAAGGAGCCCAAGGAUGUGGCAGAGGAGAGGAAGGCGGAGGCGGCGGCUGCAAACGCGUCGCGCAGGAAGGAGCAGGAGGAGAAGAACGAGGGGAAGAAGCGCAUGAAGGGCAAGAACAAGCCCUCGCGCCGCCAGAAGAAGAAGCAGGCCAACAUCAUCGAGGCGCGUGCCGCCCCUGCUGGGAAGCCGGAGUUGCGGCAGCGCAUGCGGGAGCAGGGCGUGCUGAGCGGAGGUGGUGCCGAGAAGAAGCAGCCCGCGCCCAUCCCAGAGGACGUGCCCAGGGCGCUGCACAGAUUCUACAAAAAGGGCGUCCAAUGA